GCCGAAAACGAGGUCGCGUUCGACGUCACGUCCACCCUGGGCACCGCCCUCGUGGUGGCCGUGCCCAGGAACGGUUGCACGACGGACGCGCUGCGCAGGGCGGUGGCCGCCGAGCACGAGCAGUGCCGCCCAGAGUUUGGAAAGGUGACCGUCCGCAACCUCUACGGAUUGCGCACGCACGAGGCGAUGGGCGCGAGCCAGUGGGUGGCGGUCACCGACGUGGCGCUCCGCCACCGCGCGGACUCCAUGUCCUGGCUCAUGGCUGACCUGGAGACGUCCAAGGCAGUCCCCGGGGUGGAGACGAUGGAUUUUGCCUCCCCCGGGAUGUCGCUCACCAAUCGCUCGACGUGGGAGGCGAUCAUGCACGGCCGCGCCGGGGUGAUGCCGUCCCCAUCCAUGGCGGGCGGCACCCCGUUGAUGAGCGGCUACGGCGGCGGCGGCGCGAUGAUACCCACGCCCACGGGCGCGCCGAUGUCCGGGACGCCGAUGUCCGGCGGCGGGGGCCUCAGGCCCAUCGCGCUGGCCAACUCCCUCGCCGUCCUCGGCAAGAGGAACGCUCCCUCGGAGGGGAGGGACGUCGACGCCAUGCCGCCUCCCCCGUCGCGCGCCAGGGUGGACGACGCCGCCGAGAGGAAGGCCAGGCAGGAGCGCGCGGAGACCGCCGCGGCGGCGCACCUCAAAGACGGCGUCGCCGCCCUGUUCAAACACGGCGGCGAGGAGAAGGGCUCCGUGCCGCUCCGCAACGUCGUCUUCGCCAAGUCGUUACUCGCCAACAACAAGUUCAUCACCGCGGUGGAGAAGCUGGACACGUCGUCGCUGGACGCGCUGCUUCGCACGGUGGAGCCCGCGGUCGCGGCGAUCCUCCAGGUGCAGAAGGACUCCGAGUUUGACAUGUUCGACGAUCUCCUCGGUCGACUGGAAUCCCUCAACGCGACCGCCGCGCGCGCCGCCGCACUGGCCGCGGACCCGUCGGGAGGGACCGGGAACGACACCCCGGGGUACUCCCCCGGCGUCGCGGCUCCGACCGACGUCACCAACCUACUCGCCGUGGGCGUGCUCUGCGCGAGGGUGCAGAAGAACGGUUACAAGACGAAACGGUCCCUGCCGACCCGAGUGACGCACGCGCUGAACGCCGCGCUCGACAUGUCGCCCGGGCGGUUCGGCGCGGUGGGCGUCGCCGUCGUGCAGGCGAGCCUGAGGGAGCUCGGGUACGAGGGGGGAGCGGCUCCGUUGCCCGCGGCGGUGCCCCCGGUGGGCGUCCCGCCUUCGCCGGCUGCGAGCAGGUCCGCGGAGAGAGAACGGGAGGAGGCGAGGAGGUCCGCGCCGACACCGGCGCCGGUGUCGUCAUCCUCCGACUCAUCCGACGACGACGACGACGACGACGACGACGACGACGACUCGGAGUCCGGUGCGGAGGAGGAGGAGGUUGCGCCGACCCAGCCGGAGCCCGAGAAGCCGAAGCCCGCCAAGACCCAGCCGGAUCCCGAGAAGUCGAAGCCCGCCAAGACCCAGCCGGAUCCCGAGAAGUCGAAGCCCGCCAAGACCCAGCCGGAUCCGAAGGCCAUGAGCAUCUUGGCGAACAUCACCCUCGACGAUUUGCACGCGAAGAAGGCACCGGCACGGGAGGAGAAGGAGGAGUCGUCGGACUCUGAUUCCGACGACGACGACGACGAUGACAGCGACAGCGAUGAGGCUCCGGCAAAGGAGGAGGAGAAGACGGAGACGAAGAUAUCCGGGAUCGACUCGGACUCCAACAGCGACUCUGACUCGGAUAAGUCCUCCUCCUCUUCUUCCUCCUCCUCUUCCUCAUCCUCCUCCUCGUCGUCAGAGUCAGACUCGGACUCUGACUCUGAUGACGAAGACGAGAAGAAAUCAACGUCCUCAUCUGAUGACGUACCAAUCUCCCAGCUCGCCAACCACAAACCCAAGGAGAAACCCGCGGCGGCUAAGGAGCCGGCGGCGCCCGCGAAGGAGCCAGAGCGGGCACCCGAGCCCUCCAAGGAGUCAGAGCCAGCAAAGGCCAAGAGGGCGCCGAGCGCUUACAUUCUCUUUUGCAACGAGGAGCGCGCCAAGCUGCCGGACACCUUGGACGCCAAGGCGAAGAUGACCGAGCUCGGCGCGCGGUGGAAGGCGCUCGACGCAAAAAAGAAGGCGAAGUUCGAGAAUAUGGCCAAGGACGGGAAGGAAGCCGCCAAGAAGGCUGAGGCGGCAAAGGCGAACGCGGAUGCGAACCCAACGAAGGAGGCUUCCAAGGAGCAGCCGCAAAAGCAGCAGCGGCAACAGAAGCAGCCCCAGGGCGCCAAGAGCGGCAACGCGCCGGCUAACAAGCCCCCGGCGGAGAAGAGGAAGAACCCCGCGGAGGAUGCGCGGUUCGCACACCUCGCCGUCUCCCCCGGCAACCUCUCCAAGCUUCUCAAGGCGGCGACCAAGACCCCAAAGGUUAAGGUUCCCGCGGCGGGGGCUGGUUCGGGCGCCGCCGCCGCCGGGGGCGACACGCUCGCCGCCGGGAAGAAGCAGCGGCCGCCCAAGAAGAAGGACGAGGUCCCUAAGGACAACGACGACCUGAUGACCGUUCGAUGCGGUGGUCUGGUGGGGUCCUACAUCAUCAGCGAGAAGAUGGUCCUGUGCGACGGCAAGAAGAUGACGCCGGCUAAGUUUGAGGAGAAGAGCGGCGUGAAGACGAGGCGGUGGAAGCGGACCAUCAAGGUGGACCCCGCGCCGGAGACGGGCGCGAAGCCGAUGGCGAUCGGGGAUUUCUUUUCGAUGAUGGGCGUGGACUUCGACGAGGCGACGAAGCAGUGA